AAAAUUAACAGAAAAAACAAAAAAAAAAAAAACAAAAAAAACCUAAAAAGUUCUUAGAGCGCGAAAAAUAAAAUAAAUAAGCAAACAAUACCAAACCUCAGUAUGGAUUCGUUUUACGAUGGCGACCUCAAAGAUAUAUGGGACUCCGAUUUAGAUCCGACGGAAUCCUUGAAAAUAAGCAGUGAUCAUGAUAUGCACGAUUGGUUUUACGAUCGUGAUGUCAAGGAUCCGACUGUCAUUCUACACGACAAGCUCAUCUCCGACGCGCUGCUCAAUGGCACGGGCCCCAUCAAAACGGAGCAUUCCUAUAGUCUCAACAGCGACGGUGACUCCCUGCCCGAUUCACCAAAAAGCCUGCAGGCCAAGAUCGAUGAUAUGGAUGACGAGUGCUACUCCGGAAGUGGGCGCAUCACCAUCGAUCCAAAAUGCCUGACACUACACCCGCCCGCAAGAAACAGCCGUAGCACCGCCAUGCUGAGCAGCAUGAGCAGCGCCAGCGCCAGUUCCGCAUUGAGCGCAGCCAUUACGGAGUUGGCGGCUGCAUCCACAGCCCUCGCACGCAGCAAUGCCGAGGUGCAGCAGCACAGCAGCGGCAGCAGCAGUGGAAACGGCAGCAUGAACGUUUCACUGGAACAUUUUCAACUACCUCAACACUUGGCGGAAAUGUACGACGACAACGAUUGCAGCUCAUCGGUGUCAUCGGCCCGAGAGGGCAGCAUAUCGCCCGAUAUAUGCUCAGACAUUGAGAUCGAAGAUGCGAUCAUUAAGGAUGAGCCGAUGUCGCCAGAUUCCAGCUGCCCCGCCAGUCCAAACUCACAGAACAGCAGCGCCCAGCAGCUGAGCCUUAAUCUGGCCAAUUUGCAGCCAGAAUUGCUCUUCGACCAAAAGCACGGUGGCCUUCUGCUUGCCACCAGCAACAACAGCCUCAUCAAAUCCCAGCAGCAACAGCUCUUGCUUGGCCAGGGCAGCCAAAGCCUAAUGCUGCCCAAGAUAGCCAUCAAGAGCGAGAAAGAAAGCAACGCUAGCAACAGCACGGGCAAAUCGCAUGCCUAUGGCAUUCCGCUGACACCGCCUUCUUCUCUGCCCAGCGAUGACUCGGAAGGUAACUUGUCACCGGAACAUUUGUAUGCGCCACUGUCGCCCAAUGCUUCCGUUUCCAUAUCCGCCGUGGCCAAUGCAGCCGCCAAUGGUGAAACGGCAAGCAAUGGGAGCGCGCGACGCGCUGCUGCCGCCAUAACCCGCGCCGCCAGUAGCAAUGGUGCCUCCAACACGGCCGCACCAUCGACGAGGCAGCCCAUACACACACCGUUGAUUAGCUCACAGCCGAAAGGCUCAACGGGCACUCUGCUAUUGACGGAGGAAGAGAAACGCACGCUGCUCGCUGAGGGCUAUCCGAUACCACAGAAGCUGCCACUCACCAAAGCCGAAGAGAAAUCGCUCAAGAAGAUACGACGCAAAAUUAAAAAUAAGAUCUCUGCUCAGGAAAGUCGUCGUAAAAAGAAAGAGUACAUGGAUCAGCUGGAACGGCGAGUGGAAAUUUUGGUUACUGAGAAUCAUGAUUACAAGAAGCGCCUCGAGUCACUGGAGGAGACCAAUGCCAAUCUACUUAGUCAGCUGCACAAAUUGCAGGCCCUAGUUAGCAAGCACAAUGUGAAAAAGUCCUAAACCUGAAACCAAGGCCCAAAGCUGGCCACGGUUCAUGUUUGCCUGCCUGCCCGAGAGAUAUUUUAUUUUAUUUUAUUAUUUUAUUUUAUUUCGUUGUAUCGAGAACCGAACGAGUUUCGAGUGAAAGAGUUUGUUUGUUUAAGAAUUUAUCAGUUUAGAAAGAAAAUUGAAAUUUUGGCUUUUUGGUUAGCACAAAGCGGUAAACAUUCCCCCAAAAUAACCCUGCCAGCAUCUCUUAAGAUUUAGCAGCCCAUAUGCACAUAACUGAAACCAUAAAUAAAUAUAUAUAUAUAUAUGUAUAUAUAUAUAUAUGUGCACUGUAUCGAUAAUGUAUAAUUAGCUACUUAUAGUUUGUAUCUUAUAUUAUUAGUCAUGCAUUCCUGUUAUAUAACCUGAUAUAAAGAGUAGACAUAAUGAUCAGCAACCAACAAGCUCAAAAGAACCCCACAUAAUCAGCGUCUAAAGAGAAGCUACAUAAUAAUAUUGUUAACAACAACAAACACAAACACCAAAAACGCAUAUGGCAUGCUAAGUUGUGGGCUCUGACAAAAAACAACGAUUCGAUUUGAUUUAAGAGCAACGACAUGUACAUUAUGUUUUAAUAAUGCUUGAUUGUACAAACUACUUUCAGAGCUGUUUUCCCGCGUACGGAACGGUUUUUUGAAUUUUGUUUGGCAAGACUCUUGUUCCUUUAUACGAUAAAUUUCUCAACAAAAAAAAAAAAAAUCAAAAACAUAGCAAAUGCAACAAAAGCAAAGUAAAAAUC